AACCGCCCACGGACCAACUGGACGCUGGACCACGCAGCAUGCAGUAUUUCAAUAUCUGUGGGACAUGGAGACUGAAGACUUCAUUAGAAUUGCAUGCUCAGACUGGGCUCCACUACAGCGACAGGAAGUGCUUCAACUCUUCAUGUACCCUUGAGGAGAUCAUGUAUCAAGACCUCAUAGCUGAGGACGAGGAGGAGGUGGAGCACUUCAUUGAUCUCUUGAAAAAGAUGUUGAACGUCAACAAGAAUGAGAGGAUCACACCUGCUCAAGUGCUCAAGCACCCUUUCCUCGCUGUGGAGCAGCAUGGUGACGGCCCACACAUGACUGUCACCAUGGAGGAGCCCUACGUACCUCAGCAGCCUGAACCACUGACCUCCGAGGAGGUGUAUCCUUCUCCUCCAGGAAUCAAUGUGUCAUCUAAUCUGGACGUGACUCUGGAUGAAUACGUGAAGGAUGUCAAGUUUAUGACCAUCUCUGAGAUCCGGCCUGUUCUGCAGCAGCUGGCGACUGCACUGCUCUGCCUGGAAGACCUGGAUAUUGUCCACAGCGAUAUCAAACCGGAGAACAUCAUGGUGCUGGAUAAGUGGCAGAAACCGCUACAAGUGAAGUUGAUUGACUUUGGACUUGCUCGCCAAGGCCCCGACAUACAUCCAGGCUCAGGGGGACAGAGUCUGUUAUACAGGGCUCCAGAGGUCAUGUUGGGUCUCCGUCACAGGCAGCCUAUUGACAUGUGGUCUGUAGGAUUGACUGUGGCAGAGAUGGCUCUGGGCCGCCCCCUGUUACCUGGGAAACACGAGUACGACAUCAUGAAAAACAUUGUGAACACGUUGGGUGAACCGCCCAUAUACCAACUGGACGCUGGACCACGCAGCAUGCAGUAUUUCAAUAUCUGUGGGACAUGGAGACUGAAGACUUCAGAAGAAUUGCAUGCUCGGACUGGGCUCCACUACAGCGACAGGAAGUGCUUCAAAUCUUCAUGUACCCUUGAGGAGGUACGUUAAUG